GAACAACCCAAACGCAACAUCAGUAUGUUCGUUCAUAGUUUCAAUCUUGUUUUUUGGGUUACAGAUCAAAUUUUGAUUAGACAACAGUUACAGAAACCGCAAUUGAGCCCACUGGGCCAAAAACGAAAUCACGAUUUGUUUUCUGGUUCCAUUUCUAUCUUUUUGGGUGGCAUCGUCAAUAAAAAAAAUAUUUCAUUAAGCCCUAGCUAGUUUCGUAUCUGUCUAUGUCACUGCUCUUACUCAGAAGAGCCAAGCCGUUAUUUGUAUCUUGUUCAGCUUCUCCUUCUCAGGCCAGCUUCUUAUCUCCGUCUCUUACGAAUCUACUUUUUCGUUCGUUUCACGGUUCCAGAGCGAUGUCCGAAUCAGAGAAGAAGAUCCUUACAGAUGAGGAGCUUGAGCGGAAGAAGAAGAAGGAUGAAAAGGCUAAAGAAAAGGAAUUGAAGAAGCAGAAAGCUUUGGAGAAAGCGAAGCUAGCAGAGCUGAAGGCGAAACAGGCCAAAGAUGGAACCAAUGUCCCUAAAAAGAGCGCAAAGAAGAGUUCCAAACGGGAGGCGUCAGAAGAGAAUCCUGAGGAUUUUGUGGACCCUGAAACUCCUCUGGGUGAGAGGAAAAGACUCUCUUCACAGAUGGCCAAACAAUACAGUCCUGCUGCCGUAGAGAAAUCAUGGUAUGCUUGGUGGGAGAAAUCUGGCCUUUUUAAGGCGGAUGCUAAAAGUUCCAAGCCACCUUUUGUUAUUGAUACAAUUAUUCGUUGGAAGAGAAUGUCUGGGUAUAAUGCUCUGUGGGUGCCCGGGAUGGACCAUGCUGGUAUAGCUACACAGGUUGUGGUUGAGAAAAAGCUCAUGCGUGAAAGAGGAGUGACUAGGCAUGACGUUGGCCGUGAAGAAUUCAUUAAUGAAGUGUGGAAAUGGAAGAACCAACAUGGUAGCACGAUUCUAACACAACUACGGCGUUUAGGAGCUUCUCUUGAUUGGUCUCGUGAGUGUUUUACAAUGGACGAGCAAAGAUCAAAAGCUGUCACCGAGGCCUUUGUACGGUUAUACAAGGAAGGGCUUAUCUACAGGGAUGUUCGGCUUGUAAAUUGGGAUUGUGUUUUAAAAACAGCCGUAUCUGAGAUUGAGGUUGACUAUAUCGAUAUCAAAGAAAGAACGCUACUAAAAGUUCCUGGCUAUGAGAAGCCAGUAGAAUUUGGUCUCAUUACUUCAUUUGCUUACCCUCUGGAGGGAGGCUUAGGCGAGGUUGUUGUUGCCACUACAAGGGUGGAAACAAUGCUUGGGGAUACUGCCAUUGCUAUUCAUCCUGAUGAUGCAAGAUACAAGCAUCUCCAUGGAAAAUUUGCUGUGCACCCAUUUAAUGGACGGAAGUUACCAAUUAUCUGUGAUGGAAUACUUGUUGAUCCAAAUUUUGGAACUGGAUGUGUUAAGAUUACUCCUGCUCAUGACCCCAAUGAUUGUGAGGUCGGAAAGCGUCACAAUCUUGAGUUUAUAAACAUAUUCACUGAUGAUGGAAAAAUCAACACAAGUGGCGGGGCUGAAUUCACAGGGAUGCCACGCUUUGCAGCACGUGAGGCAGUUGUUGAAGCUCUGAAGAAGCAGGGGUUGUACAGAGAUGCCAAAAACAAUGAAAUGAGGCUUGGACUUAGCCAAAGAACCAGUGAUGUUAUUGAGCCUAUGAUUAAGCCUCAAUGGUACGUCAGUUGUAGCUCGAUUGGGAAGGAGGCUCUCGAUGUUGCUAUCUCUGAUGAAAACAAGAAGCUCGAGUUUAUACCUAAACAGUACACAGCAGAAUGGAGAAGAUGGCUAGAAAACAUACGUGACUGGUGUGUUUCGAGACAGCUUUGGUGGGGACACAGGAUACCAGCAUGGUAUGCCACUCUCGUGGAAGACCAGCUCAAGGAGAUUGGUGCGUACAAUGACCAUUGGAUUGUUGCUAGAACCGAGGAAGAAGCUCGAAAAGAGGCUGCUCAAAAGUUUUCUGGGAAGAAGUUUGAACUCACACAAGAUCAUGAUGUACUUGAUACGUGGUUUUCUUCUGGGCUCUUUCCGUUAUCUGUUCUUGGAUGGCCUGAUGAAACUGACGACUUCAAAGCCUUCUAUCCGACAUCUGUCUUGGAAACUGGACAUGAUAUUCUCUUUUUUUGGGUUGCUCGUAUGGUUAUGAUGGGAAUGAAACUAGAAGGUGACGUUCCAUUCAGCAAGGUAUAUUUGCAUCCUAUGAUACGUGAUGCACAUGGGCGUAAAAUGUCAAAAUCUCUUGGAAAUGUCAUCGAUCCGCUCGAAGUAAUAAACGGGGUAACUCUUGAGGGUCUUUAUAAGAGAUUAGAAGAGGGCAAUCUGGAUCCAAAAGAGGUGGUUGUUGCCAAAGAAGGACAAGUGAAGGACUUUCCAAAUGGUAUCCCUGAAUGUGGCACUGACGCUCUUCGGUUUGCGCUUGUCUCCUACACUGCUCAGUCUGAUAAAAUAAACUUGGACAUUCUCCGAGUGGUUGGUUACCGUCAAUGGUGUAACAAACUGUGGAACGCCGUCAGAUUUGCGAUGAUGAGGCUUGGCGAUGAUUAUUCCCCUCCGGUGACUCUAAGCCCUGAAACCAUGCCAUUCAGCUGCCAAUGGAUUCUCUCUGUGCUAAACAAGGCAAUCUCAAAGACAGUGGAGUCGCUGAAUGCAUUUGAGUUCUCUGAUGCGGCCAACACGGUAUAUGCAUGGUGGCAAUAUCAGUUCUGUGAUGUGUACAUCGAAGCAAUCAAGCCUUAUUUUGCUGGUGACAACCCGGCGUUUGCUUCAGAGAGGGCACAUGCACAGCAUGCUCUCUGGGUGUCUCUUGAGACAGGUUUGAGACUGCUUCACCCACUUAUGCCAUUUGUUACCGAAGAGCUAUGGCAACGGCUGCCUUCACCCAAAAACUCAGAGAGAAAGGCGUCUAUCAUGCUAUGCGACUACCCAUCUGCUACAGAGAAUUGGACUAAUGAAAACGUGGAGUCCGAAAUGGAAACUGUUCUAGCGAGCGUGAAAUGCCUGAGAGCACUCCGUGCAGAGUUGCUGGAGAAACAGAAAAAUGAAAGGUUACCUGGUUUUGCUCUGUGUGAAAACACGUUAACAUCUGAGAUAAUAAAAUCUCACGAGUUGGAGAUCAGAACACUAGCAAAUCUAUCAUCCUUAGAGGUUCUGUUGAAGGGAGAACAUUCAGCGCCACCUGGAUCUGCAGUUGAGACAGUGAACGAGAACCUCAAGGUGUAUCUGAAAGUGGACAGAGCCAUUAACACAGAAGCUGAACAAGAAAAGAUCAGAAACAAGAUUGACGAACUACAAAAACAAAAGGAGAAGUUGCAGAAGAUGAUGAGUGUGUCUGGGUACGAAGAGAAGGUCCCUGCAAACGUAAAAGAAGACAACGCGACAAAGCUUGCUAAGAUUCUCCAAGAGUUCGAUUUCUUUGAGAAGGAAAGUGCUCGUCUCGUUGCAGAGACAGGAAAUCAACAAGGAAUGUGUGCUGUGACUCUCUCUGCUUCGGUUCAAUAUCUGAAACCCGCUGACUGCGUUGGAGGCUUUUGCUCAUCGCCAACCGAGUCUCAGUACUUGACGUUCUUUCUCGGGCUUUACCUCGUAGCUCUUGGCACCGGGGGAAUCAAAUCGUGUGUCUCGUCCUUCGGUGCGGAUCAGUUUGACGAUAAUGACUCGGGUGAACGACUGAGAAAGUCUUCUUUCUUCAACUGGUUCUACUUCUCCAUCAACAUCGGGGCUUUUGGGUCGUUUGGUCUUGUGUUGGUUCAGGAGAAGAUCGGUUGGGGAUUAGGUUUCGGGAUACCCACUGUGUUCAUGGGAUUAGCUAUCAUCAGUUUCUUCUUUGGCACUCCACUUUAUAGGUUUCAGAAACCGGGAGGUAGUCCCAUUACAAGGAUUUUUCAAGUUCUCGUCGCUGCAUUUCGUAAGAUGAAUCUCAGAGCCCCUGAAGAUUCAACACUUCUGUAUGAAAAUGAAACACAAGACCUGAAUGAAAGUAGGAAAAUCGAGCAUACAGAUGAUUACUUGUAUCUUGACAAAGCCGCUGUCUUAUCAGCAGAGGAAGCGAAAACCGGAGAAGUUUCCGAUCCGUGGAGUGUAUGCACCGUUACGCAGGUGGAAGAAGUGAAGAUUCUGAUCCGAAUGUUCCCAAUAUGGGCUUCAGGUAUCGUCUUCUCAUCUCUCUACGCUCAAGUAUCCACAAUGUUUGUCCAACAAGGAAGAGCCAUGAACUGUAACAUCGGCGACUCUUUCAAGAUUCCCCCAGCGACCCUCGGGGUUUUCGACUGCAUCACCGUCCUCAUUUGGGUUCCGCUCUACGACCGGUUCAACGUCCCGCUCGCGAAACGCUUCACCGGAACAGACAAAGGAUUCACCGUGCUGCAGCGAAUGGGAAUCGGUCUUUUCGUUUCGGUCCUCGGUAUAGCAUCAGCGGCCAUCGUCGAGAUCGCGCGGCUCGGGACAGCGGAAAGAGACGUGAGGGAAGCCGGAGUUGUGUGUGGUGGUGGAAGAGUUCCGAACCGAUCGACACAACCAAAAGAGACACCCGAAGGGAUAUUCAUAUUCGGUGCAGCCGAGGUUUUCUACUUUAUAGGCCAGCUCGAGUUCUUCUAUGAUCAGUCGCCGGAUUCGAUGCGGAGUCUGUGCAGCGCGUUGGGGCUAUUGAGCAGUGCGUUUGGGCAUUAUCUGAGCUCGCUGAUCCUCACGGUGGUGACGUAUCUCACGACGAUGGACGGUGGAGAUGGGUGGAUUACGGAUGAUCUCAACGACGGACAUCUUGAUUACUUCUUCUGGUUAUUGGCCGGUUUAAGCAUUUUGAAUGCCGCGGUUUUUGUAUUCUCUGCCGUUAAUUACAAACAGAAGAAGGCGUUGCAGCUGUAA